AUGUUCAACGGCUCGUCUUCGUGUAGCACGAUGUCACAGAUCGUGCCUCUUGUGCCGUUCGUCAUGUCCAGAUCUGUCUCUAUGUUCAUGAUUACCAUGACCUUGCCCCCCACCGCGACCUUCCACGACGUCGUCGAGUUUGCCUCCUUCCCCUCCCAUCUUCUUGUCAUUCUCCCGUCGACACGCCACUGCGAAACGCUCUUUCAUCGUCAAUUGCCGCGACCGGAUGGCGUCUUCACACGGGAUCUCGUACACUUGUGCGCCUGUCCUGUGUGCGUGGCUGUCGAGCGCCGCCGAGUUCCACUGCCGCCGAACCGCAUGGCGCGGCGUCACCAAGACCGCAUCCGACCAUUCUCCUGCGGCCACGUCCCCUCUCUCCCCAUUGCGCAGCACAAGUCCCCUCAACAUCUCCACGUCAUCCGCACUCGUCGCCCCGACCCUCAACCUCCUCAAGAACGAUUUCCAGCGCUCAUUCGUCACCCUGGCCUGUUGCUUCAACAUCACCACCGUCUCGAACAUAUCGUACAACUUGCGGCCCAGGACUGCACCCUCGCUAAUCUUGCGAUCCGCGGGCACGGGUUCCACAAUGCGCAAUUUGCUCGGGCGACGGGUGGCAGCUGA